AUGGAUCUACCUGAAGAACUUCAGCAUACAUAUACAAAAUUUUCUGAAUGGAAAUUUAAGCUCUUUAAAUUGCGAUCAUUUGAAAAAACACCCUCUGAUGACAGCCAGCACAUACAGAAAGAUCAGGCAGAAGAGGCUGUUUCUUCAAACAAAGAAAUCAUCCUGCAUGAAGAUGAAGCAGUGCCAAGAGAGGAAGAGAUGGAGUUAAUGGACAAUAGGCAGGGACUUGAGGAAGAUGCCCAUGCCACGAAAACACAAGAAAAUAGAGCUCAUCAGAACAAUCUGAAGCAACUCUGCCGCAUCUGUGGGGUUUCAUUUAAAACAGAUUGUUCCAAGAGAACCUACCCAGUGCAUGGGCCAGUGGAUGAUGAAACUCUUUGGCUUCUGAGAAAGAAAGAAAAAACAGCAACCUCUUGGCCAGAUCUUAUUGCUAAGGUUUUCAAGAUUGAUGUGCGAGGGGAUGUCGACACUAUCCAUCCCACUCGAUUUUGUCACAACUGUUGGAGUAUUAUACAUAGAAAAUUCAGUAAUACUCUAUGUGAAGUGUAUUUUCCUAGGAACAGCACAAUGGAGUGGCAACCCCAUUCCCCAAACUGUGAUGUCUGCCAUACUGCCAGACGAGGAGUCAAGAGAAAAAGCCAGCCCCCACAUGUGCAACGUGGCAAACGUGUCAAAACCACUGGGAAACAUGCUCAGCUAAACAGAGGUGUAAAGAACCAACAACUCAAACAAGCACAGAUAAACAACAAAAAUUUAAUGAAAGAGAUUGUCAAUUGCAAGGAUAUACAUCUCAGCACCAAGCUGCUUGCAGUUGAUUACCCAGUAGACUUCAUUAAAUCCAUUUCUUGCCAGAUUUGUGAUCAUAUUUUGGCAGAUCCAGUGGAAACAACAUGCAGACACUUGUUUUGCAGAACUUGCAUUCUUAAAUGUAUCAGGGUUAUGGGCAGCUAUUGCCCCUCCUGUUGGUAUCCUUGCUUUCCUACUGAUCUGGUAACCCCAGUGAAAUCCUUCCUGAACAUCCUUGAUAAUCUGAGUAUAAGAUGCCCUGUAAAGGAAUGUGAUGAAGAAAUCUCGCAUGGAAAAUAUGGCCAACACCUCUCUGGCCACAAGGAGAUGAAAGAAGGAGAGCUCUAUAGCUACAUCAAUAAAGGUGGCCGACCGAGGCAGCACCUCCUGUCUUUGACAAGGAGAGCUCAGAAACAUCGUCUGAGGGAACUGAAACGUCAAGUCAAGGCUUUUGCCGAGAAAGAAGAGGGUGGUGAUAUAAAGGCUGUAUGUAUGACUUUGUUCCUGCUAGCUUUGAGAGCAAAAAAUGAACACAAACAAGCAGAUGAACUGGAGGCUAUAAUGCAAGGGAGGGGAUCUGGACUUCAUCCUGCUGUCUGUCUGGCCAUCCGAAUCAACACAUUUCUCAGCUGUAGUCAGUAUCAUAAAAUGUACAGAACGGUAAAAGCCGUCACUGGAAGGCAGAUCUUCCAGCCUUUGCAUGCUCUUCGCACUGCUGAAAAAGCCCUCCUACCAGGUUAUCACCCAUUUGAGUGGAAACCUCCCCUAAAAAAUGUAUCCACUAACACAGAAGUGGGAAUUAUAGAUGGACUAUCAGGACUGCCACUCUCAAUUGAUGAUUACCCCGUAGACACAAUUGCAAAGAGAUUCCGAUACGAUGCAGCCUUGGUCUGUGCCUUAAAGGACAUGGAAGAGGAGAUCUUGGAAGGCAUGAAAGAAAAAAACCUGGACGACUAUUUGAAUGGCCCCUUCACUGUGGUAGUAAAAGAGUCCUGUGAUGGAAUGGGAGAUGUCAGUGAGAAGCAUGGAAGUGGGCCGGCUGUCCCAGAGAAGGCUGUUCGCUUUUCCUUCACAGUCAUGAACAUUUCUAUAGCACAUGGGAAUGAAAGCAAGAGGAUCUUUGAGGAAGUAAAGCCGAAUUCAGAGUUGUGCUGUAAGCCCUUGUGCCUUAUGCUGGCUGAUGAAUCAGAUCAUGAAACUCUGACAGCAAUCCUGAGCCCCCUCAUAGCAGAAAGAGAGGCUAUGAAAAACAGUGAACUGCUGCUUGAAAUGGGAGGCAUCCUGAGAACAUUUAGGUUUGUCUUUAGGGGUACAGGAUAUGAUGAGAAACUCCUGCGGGAAGUGGAAGGGCUGGAGGCCUCAGGUUCCACUUAUAUUUGUACCCUGUGUGAUGCAACUCGCUUGGAGGCAUCCCAGAAUCUGGUCUUCCACUCCAUAACCAGGAGCCAUGCUGAAAAUCUGGAGCGAUAUGAAAUAUGGAGGUCCAACCCGUAUCACGAGUCUGUUGAUGAGCUCCGUGACAGAGUGAAGGGUGUUUCAGCCAAACCUUUUAUUGAGACUGUUCCCUCCAUAGAUGCAUUGCACUGUGACAUUGGCAAUGCAACAGAAUUCUACAGGAUUUUCCAGAUGGAGAUUGGUGAACUUUACAAGAAUCCUGAUGUGUCUAAAGAGGAGAGGAAGAGGUGGCAGUUGACUCUUGACAAACACCUCAGAAAAAAGAUGAACUUGAAGCCUAUGCUGAAGAUGAGUGGAAAUUUUGCUAGAAAGCUCAUGUCCAAAGAGACUGUAGAGGCAGUAUGUGAAUUAAUUAAGUGUGAGGAAAGGCAUGAAGCUCUAAAAGAACUAAUGGACCUUUAUCUGAAGAUGAAGCCAGUGUGGCGAUCCUCAUGCCCGGCCAAGGAGUGCCCAGAACUGCUGUGCCAGUAUAGCUACAAUUCACAGCGUUUUGCAGAGCUCUUAUCUACAAAGUUCAAGUACAGAUAUGAGGGCAAGAUUACAAAUUAUUUCCACAAAACACUUGCUCAUGUUCCUGAAAUCAUUGAAAGAGAUGGGUCCAUUGGGGCCUGGGCAAGUGAAGGAAAUGAGUCUGGAAACAAACUGUUUAGGAGGUUCCGAAAAAUGAAUGCCAGGCAGUCCAAGGUCUAUGAGAUGGAGGAUGUCUUGAAGCACCACUGGCUAUAUACCUCCAAGUACCUCCAGAAGUUCAUGAAUGCUCAUAAAACAUUAAAAAGCCAGAACUUCACCAUUGAUUCAGGGGGUAGUUUAAGUGACUCCUUGACACAGGAGGUCUUGGAAAACAAUGAUUCAGCAGAACUCUAA